AAAUAAACCCAGACUCUUCCCCUNUCUAUUUUCAAAAAAAAAAAUAUUUUCCACAAUAAAUUCCAAGAAAAAAGAAUGAACAAGAUUCGAGGAUAUUGCAAUUUGUCACACUUCCUCUCUUCUCAUUUGAUUUGCUAGCAAGAUAUUCUUCCUUUCUUUUCUUAGAUUGAGCUGAAAAGAAAGAUAUUAUGGAUUUGAACGAAUUCCGUUCGUUUAUAUUGGAAUCAGGGCUGGAUAUCUGGACGUGGAUCGACAUGUCUAUAUCGGUUGCUUGUGCUGAUCACGAAAACGAGCUGAAAACUCGAAGAGAUGGAAUCAUUCAGAGGCUCUACGCACCGGCAUUUUCCGGGUGUCGGAAUUGCAAUAACGGGUUGUCAAGGGGGUCGAAAUGCGAUUUGAAGGAAGUUGAGGGGUGCCAGCAGAAAAAGGAUGAUAUUGGCUUUCAGAGUAUAGAAAGAGAAGAAGAUGAAGAUGAAAAGGAUGAUGAUGACGAUGAGAAAAAUAAGAAAGAGAUUCUUGAAAUUAAGACACUUUUAGAUGAUGAAAACCAGAGUGAAGGGUGUUUGAUUGAGCUGCUGCAGAGGCUUGUGGAGAUGGAAACUACAUUCCAAACUCUUAAGGACACGGAUAUUGGAAGGCAUGUGAGUAAACUGAGAAAGCAUUCUUCUAAUGAGGUGCGCAGGCUGGUGAAAUUUCUCGUCAGAAAAUGGAAGGAUAUUGUGGAUGAAUGGGUGAAAUUGAAUACACCUAUUGAUGAAGAAGCCACUAAAUUAAAUGCCAAAAAACAGAGAACAGAAAUAAGGGACUUUCACAAUGUGCAAAAACUGAAAAAUGCAGUUCUUAGCAACAAUGGAGGCAGUGUCCCUGUGAGAAACUGGUGAAUUUUGCUAUAAUACUGUCACCAAGUUCAAAGAAUAUGAUAUUAGCUGUAAAUGAGGAUAUGCUUCAAGAUUGGGCUAUGUCUUUCUAGCAGAAAAAUGCAUUGAUUCUAGCCUUUACAAUACAAGUGACUUGGUAAAAAAGAAGGGGAAAUGGAAUAGAAUAUGAGAAUAUUUUAUAAUUUUUAUUUUGGAAAUCCCAUGUGAUUUUGUUAGGUUGAAAAUUGAAUUAUUGGAUAUGUUUAUGCAAGCUUGGGUGGCCAGAUUUCACUAGUGGACAAAAAAAUAGCUGCUUGUAGAGUUGAUUUAGGCUAUCCUUUGUGGGGUUCACCAUAUGACCUGAUGUGCAAGUGUACAUAAGCCAUAAGGGCAUACUUUUUUUUUAUUAAUUGGCAAACAUAUGGUGUAAACCUUUAUUGACAUCUACUUUGUUGUUUUGGGAUUAAUUUGUUAGCUGUCUUGUGGGUUUUUCAAACAAUGAUCCCAAAUUAGAGCUAGUGUGGUGUGAAUGUGUGUAUGAUAAUUGAUGCACAAUACAAUUUUGUAUCAAGUCCUAUAAAAAAAGUAGUGAGAUCUAAUCACAAUCAAUUUAAUGAGAGGAGG